AGAUUUAUGAACCGCAUAGUCAGGCCAAGAAGUCAAAAUGUUCACAUUUAAGGACUCGAAUGAUUCCUCAGAGAGGCCAUCAACAGAUGAAGACUGCGAGUCUCUGAUCAAAGAUUCAGCACAGGAUUCACGUUUGCGACUGCAAUCCAGCACUCAACAAGCCAGGCUUUCUAGUUUCUUUUCCGCCAUUGCGAUAUUAAUAUCUCUUGCAAUCGCGGUUCUCGCUGGAGUUUGGAUAGGAGGUCAAGGAAAUUCAGAUAAAUUUUGCAUAGCUUAUACGUCGAAUUAUUCACCGGUUCUCAAAGAUGUACCUAUACGAUAUGCGACACAGAGAUUCAAUGGCACUCUAAUGCACGAGAAUAUUUAUCGAGCAACAGGGUCACCUGCCGUUGAUGCCGCAUGGCAAGCUCUUGGAGUGGAUUACCGAGCGGCCAUCGUACCUCCCGAGCUGGCAGCAGCAUCUGGGCUCAUAGACUCCCAGGUGCAGGUCUCUGAUCGAUAUGGCGGAGGUUUUCCCGCGAAUGUUGAAGGCUUGCAUCAUCUGCAUUGUCUCAAUCUUUUGAGGCAGGCUCUGUAUUUCAACUUCGAUUAUUAUCAUAAAUUGGGUAAAGGGGCAUUCAGCAACAAAGAUGAGAUACUUCGUUUUCACGUCACGCAUUGCCUUGAUACUUUAAGACAACAAUUGAUGUGUACGGCCGAUGUAGGCGUUUUGGGGCAGGUGUGGUGGAAUAGAGAGAAGCCAGCUGCGUAUCCGGACUUCAACACCAGACAUAAGUGUAGGAAUUUCGAUGACAUUCGGCAGUGGGCUUUCGAGCACCAGGCGCCAGAGGAUGUGCCAGCGGACUAUCUGAAGAGCCCAAGGAUGGAAGAUGUAUAUGAGACGAUGCCUUGA